GGAUCAUCAAGAAACCCUGGACAUAAACCAGUAUCCCUCCAGAGCCAAUACCCUUCGUCAAUAAACUUUACAGCAAUUCCAACUGUAUCUCGCGAUGUCGUCCACCAUGAACAACGAGUUCCCCAGCUACCUCCAAGCAUUCUUUCCAAACAAACUUUCCUUUCCCAUCUUCAACCUCGGCGCACAUACCCGUGAUAUGCACUUCACGGUUACUGUGGAUCUUCGUUUCAAGAACAAGCCACUUAUGGUUCUUGAUAACUUUACCAACGACGGCAAUGUCCUAGCGGUAGUCGGCAAGCCAAACAUCGUUCAUGCCACACACAAGACCGAAGUCCAGGUCGGCGAUACUACAAUUACCUUAAUCAACCUCAUGGGCAAUAUUUACCGCUCGUUUAUGUUCUCAUUAAAAUUGGACUCAGGCCGUGAGAAGUUUGAAUGGCGACCCACUCAAGGCAAUGAAGUGUGCAAUAUGUUCAAGCACGCUAAGGGGUUCAAGUUGGUACGCCUUGACAGCAAAGGUCCUGGGGACGGAAAGGGCGGAAAAAGAGACGAUCGACAUGUGGAUGAGACCAGCGAUGGAAAAGAGGUUGUCGCUGUCUGGGCUACUGAAAAGAGCCUAGUGCCGUCGAGCUUGACGCCAACCAAUAAGCCGUUCAAGUUUGAGUUGCGUGCAAGCGGCAAGUCUGGGGAGUUGGGUAGCCAAUUUGGCUAUUUCGCCCUCGCCACUGCCCUAAAGAUUUGGUCUUAUGAUGUUCAAGGCGUCACGUAUUUCAGUACCACUCCCGUCUAUCGUUGAUCAUUUUUUGAGGAAUAGGAGAGGGGCUCCUGGAGGCAGGACUAC